AUGAGAAGAUUGAAAGAAAAGCAGCGGAGUACUUUCAAUGCAGAGAAGCUGGAGAUCAACACGGUACCACCAAAAGGGUUGGCCCUUCAUGUUCAUCUUCUGGUUGUCCUGAUGGGCGUCAUCGCUGUGGCAAAUGGGAAACUACUCUCAGAUUCAGAUUCAGAUACACCGUUGGCUGGAAAUGCUUCUAAUGCGACGGCCUUGUACGUGUUGGGUGACUCUUCUGUGGAUUGUGGUGACAACACUCUGUUCUACCCACUUCUCCACCAUAAUCUUUCUUUGUAUCCGUGCAAUGGAUCCCACACAAGCCUCCUUCCCCAUCUUCUUGCUGAGAAGAUGGGUUUGCCAAACAUCCUACCAUUCUACAGUCAAAAUGGAUCGAUUGAAGAGCUCAUAGUUGGUCUGAACUUUGGCUCAGCAGAAGCAACAAUCGUGAGCAGCCAGAGCCACCAGUCUCUCAACCAACAAUUACGCCAAGUCUUUGAGACCUUACAGCUAUUGCAGCUGCAACUUGGGGAGAACAGAGCUGACCAUCUUAUCAGAUCAUCUGUAGUCUACCUCUCCUUUGGCAAAGAUGACUACAUUGAUCUCUUCCUCCGCAAUUCCUCAGGUUUAAUGCUCAAGUUUACCAGCAAAGAAUUUGCUCACAUUUUGGUCCACCAGAUUAUGCAUGUUGUAAGGAAUCUUUACAACGCAAAUUUCAGGAAGAUAAUAUGCACUGGAAUAUUGCCUUUAGGAUGCACACCACGUAGAAUGUGGGAGCGGUAUAACAAUACCACUGUAGUUGAAGAUGAUCAUGAUGGAGGGGAUUGUGUUAAAGAUAUCAAUGAGAUGGUUUUGGAGUACAAUACAAUGCUGAAUGAGCACAUUCUGGAGCUUAAUUCCAUGUUGCCUGAUGUAGACAUAGUCUUCUGCGAUGUAUAUCGAGGAAUCAUGAAGAUCUUAGCCGAUCCAGGACACUACGGAUUCGAGGAACUGAGGAGCGCAUGCUGUGGGGCUGGCUUGUAUGGUGCGAUGAUUGGAUGCCUCUCUCCAGAAAUGGCCUGCAACCAAGCUUCGUCUUAUGUCUGGUGGGACUUAUACAACCCUACACAAGCAGUCAACUCCUUGCUUGCUGAUUCUGCCUGGUCUGGCCGACCAUUCUCUGACAUCUGCCGUCCUAUUCCUAUCCAGCAAUUACUGACCACUUGA